AUGUCUCCACCCCCUCUACCUUCCAUUCCUCCCCGAGCCGCCCUGUCGAGUCGCCUCCUUGCCUCUGCUCCCCUCUCCCCAUCCUCUGCCACCUCCGCACCCGCAUCAUCCCUGCCUGCCGAUGCUCUCGCAGCAUUGGGAGAUCAUUCUAGAAGCCGGACCAACCCUUUCGGAUCGCACGUAGUUGUUCACGGUUCUAGCAACGAGGGUUAUCCUCCUGCCGUCCCGAGCAGCAAGAGUUUCUCUGGUGCUUUUCAAAUCCCGGCUACAUCCGCACCUGCUGCAGCGCCUGUCAUAGCACCUGUCACAGCCCCUGUCACAGCCCCUGCUACAGUCCUCGCAACGACUCCUGCUACAUCCUUUGCUACAGCCCCUGCUACCUCCUUCGCCACAGCUGCUGCCACAUCUUUCGCAUCAGCCCCUGCUACGUCCUUUGCUACAGCUGCUGCUACAACCCCCGGGACUUCCCCUGCUACAGCCUCUCCCGGUGUCACCGCGUGGAAAGCCUCUACCCUUGCUAGUCCUGGCAAUCUUUUCGCCUCUCCUGGUGGUAACCGUGCUGGCGGUAACUCUGCUGGUGGUAACCGCACUGGCGGUAACCGCCGUGCUUCGUUCCUGGCGAGCAAGUCUGCUAGUCUGGGAGACAUGGUUGGUUUCACUGGAUUCGCUCCGUCUGGUAACCAGGUAACACCAGCGAUGGCUAGUAACAACAGCAGCAGCUCCGUGUCGCUAUCCUCAGCCUCUCCCACAGCCACGAGCGCAGGCUCGGACGACGCCAUGGCUGCGCCGAACCUGCCCGGGCAGGCUCGGCAGCAACAGCCGGAGCAGCAGCAGUGGCAGCAGGAGGAGGAGGAACGGAAGGGCUCGGCUUGGCAGGGUGACGCCUGGGGAAGGUCGGGACUGAGGAGGGCUGCAUCUGAUGAUGGUUCCUGGCAGGUGCUGCAGCAGAGGGGGCAGGCAGCAGCAGGUGGGACAAUUAAUGAGGAAGGGCAAACGGCAGGGGAGGGAGGGAGACGACAGGUGAAUGCGAGCCUGCAGGGGGUAGGAAGGAUUGGGAGCGAGAGCGGGAGGAGGAGUGCGAGGAGGAGGGUGAGUCCUGGAGGGUGGAGUGGGAGAGUGCGGAGUGGAGAGGUGUUGGAGAGGUUUCAGAGGAGUGUGGCUGGGUUACUGGUGGAAGAGGAGGUGAUUGGUGUGGCAGCAGCAGGUAUAGUGGCCGAUGCGGCUGCGAUCGCAGGCGUAGAAGCAGCGGCAGCAGCAGGGGCAGCAGGAGGAGCAGCAGGAGGAGCAGGGGCACACGCUAUGGAGUUGAGUAAUCCUAGCGGGGAAUUCUGGGGUGCUGGGUAUGGGAUGGCUGAUUCAGAUGAGCAGCGGCGGGGGAAGAGGAGCCGUAUGCACACUCCUGAGCCUCAGGGGGCGGGUGAGGGGAGUUAUGAUAUGCUUGAAAGGAGAUACUCGCAAGGGGCGGGUGCGGGGAGCUUUGGAACGUCUGAAAGGCGGUAUUUGCAAGGGGCAGGAGAGGGGAAGGAUGAUUCUGGAGGGGAGGAUGGUAGCGGGGCGGAGGGUGGAAGGGAGAAUGUAGAUGAGGAUGUUAAUCUCUCUGCUGCUUUUAUGCACAACCUGAAUCUGCAACAGAGGCAGCAGGAGGGGCCGCAAGAGGGACAGCAAGAGGGGGAACAGCAGCAUAUGCAGCAGCAGGAGCAGUCGGAACAGCAGCAGCAGCAGCAGCAGCAACAGCAGCAGCAGAGGCAGCAGCAGAGGAGGCAGGGAGCUCUCUUUGAGAGGUGGGGUAGCGCAGUGCUUCCAAGCGUGGGAAUUGACGCCAGCAGUGCGUGGCUGACCAGUGAGGAGCCGCCACGUGUCCCAACAGAGGCCAGGAUUCAUCUGGAGGAGGUAUGGGCAUCAUGGGAACAGCAGCAGCAGCAGCAGCAGCGGCAGGAGGAGGAGGAGCAGCAGAAGCAGCAGCAGCAGCAGCAGCAGCAUCAGGAGGGAUGGCCGCUACAGGGAGUGAGAGAGGGGGUGAGAGAGGGCGAGUCGGAGGGAGAGAGGGAGCGAGAGAGCGAGGGAGAGAGGAGGGGAGAGAAUGAGGGAGAGGGGCUAGGAGAGGUGGUGCAAGUGCUAAGUGAUUCACGCAUGCAAGAAGCCCUAAAUUCCCAGGAACCCCGGGAACCCCAGUCAGCCCAGGAAGAGCAAAGAGAGAGGGAGGAGCGGGAGGAGAGAGAAAUGGAGGAGCUAGAGGGAUGGGAGGAUGAGGAGAAGCAGCAGCAGCAGCAGCAGCACUACCAGUGA